AUGUCAUCGUUAUUUCAGAAAUUAUUUGUGUUCGGACUCCUAUGUAUUGCUUUGGCUGCGGCGCAAGAAACAAAAGAAACAGCGGAAAUCCUAGAUGAGAAAUCAUUUGUAAGGGCGGAUGGAUAUGAUUUUGAGUUCAGAACAAGUGACGGCGUGUCUCGCAAGGAGCAAGCGAACCUCAUCACCGUUGGUGACCAUCAAGGUAUAGGAGUGAGUGGAACGUACUCCUACACAGCUCCUGAUGGGCUGCAGUACGAAGUCAACUACACCGCCGACGACAAGGGCUUUAGACCCGAAAUACGAGUAGUACCACAGAUCCCUCAAUAAAAAUUUUGAAUUAAA